AUGACUCAAAUCAUGUUUGAAACCUUCUCAGUUCCAGCUAUGUAUGUUGCCAUUCAAGCUGUCUUGUCCUUGUAUGCUUCUGGUAGAACUACUGGUAUUGUUUUGGACUCUGGUGAUGGUGUUUCUCACACUGUUCCAAUUUAUGAAGGUUAUGCUUUGCCACACGCUAUUUUGAGAUUGGAUUUGGCUGGUCGUGACUUGACUGAUUACUUGAUGAAGAUUUUGAUGGAAAGAGGUUACUCAUUCAACACAACUGCUGAAAGAGAAAUCGUCAGAGAUAUUAAGGAAAAGCUCUGUUAUAUUGCUUUGGACUUUGAAGCUGAAAUGAAGGUUGCUGCUGAAUCAUCCUCAGUUGAAAAAUCAUACGAAUUGCCAGAUGGUAAUGUUAUCACUGUUGGUAAUGAAAGAUUCAGAUGUCCAGAAGUUUUGUUCCAACCAAACUUUAUUGGUAUGGAAGCUGCUGGUGUUCAUGAAACUACUUUCAAUUCAAUUGGUAAAUGUGAUAUUGAUAUCAGAAAGGAUUUGUACGGUAACGUUGUCUUGUCUGGUGGUACUACCAUGUUCGAAGGUAUUGCUGAAAGAAUGACCAAGGAAUUGACUGCUAUGGCUCCUGCCUCAAUGAAGAUUAAGGUUGUUGCUCCACCAGAAAGAAAGUACUCUGUCUGGAUUGGAGGUUCCAUCUUAGCGAGCCUUUCGACCUUUCAGCAGAUGUGGAUCACAAAGGAAGAAUAUGAGGAUGCCGGUCCAGGUAUCGUUCACAGAAAGUGUUUCUAA